AUGACUACCACAACUGAAGUCACAACCACGACCGGCUGUAAUAGCGUGGAUCCAUUGCGGAAGGUAGCCUUGACUUACCCGACCCCGGUCUUCGACGACGACCUUGACCAUGAUGAUGAUUCUGCCACUAUUACCUUGCCAUUUUCGUUCAAUGGCCAAAACACGGUAUAUAUCAGUUCGAAUGGUAUAUUAUCAGUAUCAACCGAAUAUGAUUCAGUCAGCAAAGAGCAACUUUCCACCAACAGCAUUGCAGCUAUCUCUUACUGUGUAUACUGGGAUGACUUAUAUGUUUCACUAGCUGCCGGUAACACUAUUGUGUACGAGGUGUAUACAGACGCCGACGGCCAGGUAGCCGUCUUUGAGUGGAUUGUAGGAAAGGGUGGCAACGAGGUGUAUCAUUUCAGUAUCAUGGUCUACGAAGACGCUUCGACAGAGGCCACCUUCUAUUACUACACACCGCCUCAAAAGGAGCAGAGUGUUACAACGAUAUCACUCCGCCAGGCCGAUAUCGCGCACGAAGUCUUUAACGACCAGCAUAACAUGCAAGCCGCCUUUGAGUAG